UCUUAAAAUUAUCUGUCAUAUAAAAUGUGUUGAUGUUAUGUUAGUAUCCACGUAUGAUUCACGUGGAUGUUUGCCGGCUGUUUUAAUGCAAAGUGAAAUCUAUUGUUAUUUCAAAUAUGGCAAAACAAUUAACUGACCAAAUAUUGGAUUAUUUAGAUAAGCACGGAGAAAUAAAUUCGCUGCAUUUGGCUGAAAUUUUUAAAGAAAAUCAUCAAAAAAUUAUUGGUGCCAUCAAAAGCCUUGAGGCACUUGGUGAAUUGAUUACUACUAAACAGAUUAUUGAUAAAAAAUGGGAAUUAACAUCAGAAGGACAACAUGUAGUGAGUUAUGGAAGUCACGAAGCAGCUGUUUAUAAUGCAAUUCCUGAUGAUGGAAUGCCUCAACCUGAAGUUAUGCAGUCAGUUCCCUUUGCAAAGGUUGGAUUUUCCAAAGCAUUACAGGCUGGUUGGAUAAUAAUUGAUAAAAGCAGUGGUAAGCCUAUUGUGAAAAAGAAAGUAGCAUCUAUCACAGAUGUUACACAAAAUGAUCUAAAAACCCUUGCAAGUUUAACUGACCGCCUUAAAAAUGAAUAUAAGAAGAGAAAAUUGAUCCAAGAAAUAGUUAUUAAAUUUGUACAAUUGGAAAAGGGUCCAAAUUUUACAACAACAAUCGAAAAACAGGAAACAGAGUUGACUGCUGAUUUAUUAAUAAAUGGUGCAUGGAAAGAUAGGAAAUUUAAACCAUAUAAUUUUGAAGCUCUUGGUGCUACGCUGGAAGUGGGUCAUUUGCAUCCACUGUUAAAAGUUAGAAGCGAAUUUAGAAAAAUUUUUCUUGAAAUGGGAUUCACUGAAAUGCCAACAAAUAAUUUUGUUGAGAGCUCUUUCUGGAAUUUUGACGCAUUAUUUCAACCUCAGCAGCAUCCAGCAAGAGAUGCACAUGAUACCUUUUUCAUAUCUGAUCCAUCUCAUAGUACAAAUUUCCCUAUGGAUUACAUGGAGAAGGUAAAGAAAGUACAUAGUGAAGGAGACUAUGGGUCUUUAGGCUAUCGUUACGAUUGGAAAAUUGAAGAAGCACAAAAGAAUGUUCUUCGUACUCACACGACUGCUGUUAGUGCACGGAUGCUUUAUAAGCUUAUGCAGCAGGGCGAGUUUAAGCCAGUGAAGUAUUUUAGCAUUGAUCGAGUAUUUCGCAAUGAAACUUUGGAUGCCACACAUCUAGCUGAGUUUCAUCAAAUUGAAGGUGUAGUCGCUGAUUACAAUCUCACAUUAGGUGAUUUAAUAGGAAUUUUGUAUGAAUUUUUUAAGAAACUUGGUAUUAUGCAACUUAAAUUUAAGCCCGCGUACAAUCCAUACACUGAACCAAGUAUGGAAAUCUUUUGUUAUCAUGAUGGCUUGAAAAAAUGGAUAGAAAUUGGUAAUAGUGGAAUGUUUCGACCUGAAAUGUUAUUACCAAUGGAAUUACCUGAUGAUGUAAAUGUCAUUGCUUGGGGAUUGUCCUUAGAAAGGCCAACUAUGAUUAAAUAUGGAUUAAACAAUAUACGAGAUUUAGUUGGACCAAAAGUGGAUUUGGAAAUGGUUUAUAACAAUCCUAUUUGUCGCUUAAACAAGACUAGUCAAAAUACUUCUCAAACAAAGAGGCCAGAAGACAAGAAACAAGAAUUAAACAAACACGAAGAUAAAUCGUGUGCAGUUAAAUGUGCAGAAAAAUUCGAGAAGCAAAGGCUCGUCAUAUUUUGUGAUCCAGAACAUCCGAUCAAGUUUAUAGAAUUGUUCUUCCGUUACGUAAAAUCUUAUGUCAACAUUUUUGUGACCUCUCAUGUACAUUCCAGUGUACAACAUUUUCCAAAUCAGUUAUUAACUUUUUGUUCAGAGUAUCGAAAUGCAAAGCAAACUACUGACAUACACUUAACAAUAAUCUGGAAAGAAAUUGGUAUUGAUCCCAUAUUGCAGUUACCAGGGAUGCACGAAAUUAUAGGCGAGAUAAAUGUAGCGCGAUAUUUAAAUCGCGUAAUUGAAAACUGUUAUCCACACGUUUUACGUUACGAAAGCAAAGGUGCAUUGUAUGCAAAUGAAAUAGAUAAUUACUUAGAAAAAAUACAUAAGUUCUUACAUACUAAUGUGCAUCAAACUAUUCAUAAAAAAUCACGUUACGUAAUGGGUGAAGAUAAUAUAUCUAUCGUAGAUAUUUUAUUAGAAUCCUCUGAAAAAUGUAAACUACACAAAUAGAAAUAAUAUGUAAAUGAAAUUUUGCAAGAAUAUUUACAUAUUUACAUAUUUACAUAUUGUUGGAUUUUUUAUAUGUGCUAUGCUUUCCAUAAAAUUAAAUUAAUGCAUAUGCUUUACAUAUAUGUAUUUGGUUAUAUAUUUAUUUAUACUUUUCAAUGGACUGUUACUUAAAUGAUGCGAUAAAAAAUAUUUGCCUUGAUGUUUUAAAUAUUUGCAGUAAUCGUGAGAACGAUAUUCAAGUAGUUGUUUCUGCCAUCGUGUAAGUGGCUGCGAGAUGGAAAUGGAAAGAAAAAGCUGCAUAGAGGCGUUUUCUGUGUUCGUCUAAUCAGGCAUGCAUAUUGACGCCAUUCAUUAAUCGGUAUACAUGUAGAUAUUUACUAUACGAAUGUUAUGCGUUAUUACAUAAGGACUCAAGAAGUCUCUAUGCAGUGUUCUUUUUCUAUUCCUAUAUAGCUUCUUCAGCUCGCUCAUGCACUCUAUCUUUAUAUCUCUAUUCAUAACCGGUAUAACCCUAGGUGCAGUAACAGUUCAUAGAUGGCGACGUCAAUGUAUUAUUAUUGUAAUAAGUGCACAUAUGACUAGUGUUGUUAUUUUUCAAGUUCUUGCGCGCGGGUUCCAAGUUAGAUGGAUGGCUGUACAAGAGGAACAUUAUAGACGUUCAAAGAAUUCAACAAGUUAUUACAAAUUUUUUAUUAUUCUAAUUUUAUUUUCGCACAAAUCCUGCAUUGUGGAGAACAUUAUAUACUUUCUCUCGUGGAAUUUUAUCCGUUUCACGAUCGAUUACCUACAAUAAAAGUAAGAGAUGCUAUUAUAAGCAAUAAUAUGUAUAAUAAUACUACUAUAUGUAGAGUGUCUAUAUCACUUUUCCAUUCAAAUUUCCUUAAUAUGUUCUAUAAGUAAAAUUAAGACUAGAAUUUAACAAAAAAUUUAUAAAUUCUUUAUUAAGAAGUUAUAGCCAAAGUAUCGAAAGUGGUGUAGAUAAUUUGAGUAUGUUUCUAUUUCAAAAUGUCGUCCACCUUUUUAUUGAUGUAGUAUUUACUGCUUGUGAUUGUCUAAUUACAUCAUAUGCCAUAUUAAUUCUCAUUAUUAAUUUGUUUUAUGUAGAUACUAUAUAUUACUACUUUUACUUCUAUAUUCUAAACUUUUUCUUUUAGCGUGUCAUAUAAAUAAAAAUUUAAAUGGGUCAGGUUAUAAUGCGACUGGUCGCGGUCGAUAAAUUCAACGUUGGCAAUAAUGUUCGUUAGAUAUUAUUACAUUUUUCAUGUUUUAUAUUUUUGUUAUAAUUUCUUAAUUAUGGAAUUUUAAUAUAUAUGACAUUUUAAAUUUAUUUUUUACUUAUAAAGCAGAUAAAAAUGUGGGCCACUCUGUAUAAUAUACUACAUAUAAGAUAUUCUAUGACAAUAUUAAUAGGAUAUUUUGAAGAUAUUGAAAUUAAAGAAUGAAUUUAAAAGAUAGAAAAAUACUGAAAAUUGUAGAAUUGACAUUAACACAAAUUAUUAUAUUUUUCUGAUAAGGAAAUUAAGUAAAAAAAAAGUUGUUUUUUAAUCGUACUACAAUGUAUCAGAUACAUCCUGCUACGAAUUUAUAACGAAAUAUGAUAUGUCAGUGAUAGAUGGAGAUAAAAUCGGUAUAAGAGAGAGAGAGAGAGAGAGAGAGAGUAGCGAAGGCCGUAUUCUCAGAUUUCAGAAGUAAAUCUAGCAACCUCGUUUCAAAAUCGAGCAAUGCUACAUUUAAAAUCAUAAAACACAUUUUCAUAACAUUAUAGAAGAAAUAUAUUAAGAUAAAUGGGAAAA